AUAUUGAAGGCACCUUUCUGGACCUUUCGCACAACUCCUCGUUGAGGCUUAUUAACGAGAUAAAGCCGUUUCUGGGUCAUUACAAUCAGAAGAGACUGAUUUACUUGUCCUUAGCCUUCAGCGGUAUAACUGCGGUGCCUAAAUCGGAGCUGACUUUGGUCAAUGGCACCCUCUCAUUCAUGUCGUUGAUGGGAAAUGUGCUGAUCCCUUUCAGCUUACCAGUUCUGCAAAAUCUACGGGUCCUCGACCUUCGCCAUUGCGGUUUUAACAGUCUGCCAAACAAAGCGUUCGUCAAUACGCCAAAUCUGGUAAAACUAUUUCUUGCACACAACAGCCUGACGAACCUCAAUUCUAACCAUUUCAACGGAUUGUCCAAGCUUCGCCAUCUGGAUUUGUCCUACAUAAAUCAGGAACAGUUAAGCGGUCUCAUAGGCUAUGAGCAACAGGCAGAUCCGUACAGUUCUCUAACCGAGGGAUUGGACCUCAGCGAAGAUGUGUUCAUUCCGUUGGGCAAUCUGUCAUUCCUAGACUUAUCGUACACCAAGCUAUUGUCGUACAGUGCAAGAGCAUUUCGCAGCGUGGCGGUCGUACAGUUAAGUCUUUGCUACACCGGAAUACCUAUCAUCGUGGGGUCGAUGAUGAACGGUUCCCUCAAGGUGCUAGACAUAUCCGGAAAUCCAGGGAUUACGACAGCGAUUCACCAUGAUGCCAGCGAAGCACGGGGAUUCAACGCCAACCUGGAAAUCUUGGUCUGUGAAAACUCUACAGUAAAGCACCUUCAAUGGUUAAACGGGAUGAUCAGCUUGAAGGUUCUACUUUUGGGACACAACAAUAUCAACCAGUUGACCAACGUUACCUUCGCCAAUAUGGGAGCCUUGGAGAUUCUGGAUCUAAGUAACAAUCAUGUUAGCAAUUGGCACCAGCGAGUAUUCGAAGGUAACGAUAACUUGUUCAUUUUGGAUCUCUCCGCCAAUAAUAUAAACGUACUGACAACGGAAAUGCUGUACGAUCUGGCAUCUGUGGAGUUCAUCGCUAUUGGGCAGAACAGCUUCGUAUGUCAUUGCUUGUUGCGCGAGUUCAUCGAACUAGCGGCAAAAACCUCUCAAGUCAUCGCGUGUCUUCUGCAGAGCAUCGUUAAUCAAAUUCAGGACCUAUCUACUGAGGAUUUGGACGUGGAUUACCUAGAUGACCACCUAUUUUCCCAAGGUGAGGUAUGGGAACACGCGAAAGAAAUCACUUCGACUACGUUGCGUACCACAGAUAAAUCUGCACUGCGAUUAACAACUGCAGUUGAAAAACAACCAAGAAGUUUACAGUCGGAAAUGACUACGACAACUACAUCUAUCCCACCGUCGUCGGACGAACUGCACAAAGCGGAGGAUGACUACAAUGUGCUGUUUCGGGUAAUCCACAGUUACGUAGAGACCAUGUAUAGCAGUACGGCCAAGUUCCAGGAAAGUCUCGACAAGUACAAUCGAAAUCGACCCUCGUCGAGAGUCUACCGUAACAUGGUGAACUCCCGGUUAACAUCCCGAUUCUUCCGUAUCGAUUGCAACAACGACACCGACGUCUCUGAAGAAGAAGAAAGCGACAUUUCCGACGAAUACAUAGAUCAUCCCCUAUACAACCUUAACAUUCAGAUCAUUGACUUCGACGAGGAAGACUACAAAUGCAUCGACCUGGACAAUUCGGAGUUCUACCUGUUCGAGCAGGAACGGUGCACAUUCGAUCGGACGCUUCUGGACAACUGGAACCUCGGGGUGGCGCCCAGCUCCACGACGGCGAAUAUAGUCAAGUUUACGUUGAUGUUUUUCGGGUUCGCCCUGGUGGCGUUCAUCAUCUACAUCUCCAAGUGGGAGUACAUCAAGUACUUUUGCAUUAUCGUGCGGAAUGCUACGGUGUUGAGUUUGCUGAAGCACAAAAACGAAGCCCUGCUGAGGAAGCACAGUUUGGUGUCCGUUGGGGGUUGCUACAUGUACGAUGUGUUUGUGAGCUACAGUGAGCAGGAUCGGCAGUGGGUACUGGAUGAACUGCUGCCGAAUUUGGAGAAAACCGAAGACAUUUCGGUGUGCCUGCAUGAGAGGGACUUCCAGGUAGGAGUGAGUAUACUUGAAAACAUUAUCUACUGUAUGGAUCAAUCAAGAACAUUACUACUAGUAAUGUCCGAAAGCUUUCUUCUCAGCCACUGGUGUCAGUUUGAGAUGCAUCUUGCACAACACAGGCUGUUGGAAACUUGCCGGGAGCAGCUGAUUCUGGUCCUGCUGGAAGACAUCCCAAAAAUCAAACGAUCCAAAACGCUCCAAUACCUGAUGAAAACCAAAACCUACAUCAUCUGGCCGCAGCCAUCGGAGCAGCGGUCCGCCGGUGUCGCCGCAAAUUCAGAAGAAACGGACGACGUAAAGGGUAAAUCCAAGAAAGAAAAGUCCAAGAAGAAAAGUCGAAACCGGAAACAGCAAAGCAAAGAGAAGGACCCCCAGUCGCUCAUCGAAGAGCGCAAUCUGUUCUGGAAGCGACUCCGGAAUGCGAUCGGCGAGAGCGCAGUGUGGGAACAGGAGAGUCAUAAAAGUGCCUUGGGAGGCGAAAGAAGGAAAAGCAAUAGCAGCAGCAGCAGCACGGCAAAGGAAAGUACGGCGUGAUUGAUCAUUGAGGAUUGGUCGAUCAGCUAGACGUUUCCGUAUUAUAUCCAGAGUACGAUAUGUUUGAAUCAUGAUUUGCAUGAAUAAACUGUGAUACCAUGCGGUCAUACCGAA